AUGGCCAACAUAUUGGCAAGAUUCAACUCCAGCCGCAAGUCCAACAACUCGCUGCUGCACGUGACCAACGGCAAGCUGGACGCCGACAUUAGGAACCUCGUUAGGAAGUCUUCCAGCCUGGACAUCCACGCGCUGCGCGUCCCGCUCAAGGACAUCGUCUGCUACCUCAGCCUCCUGGAGGGCGGUCGGCCGGAGGACAAGCUGGAAUUUAUGUUCCGGCUAUACGACACGGACGGCAACGGCGUCUUGGAUACAAAUGAAAUGGACUGCAUCGUGAACCAGAUGAUGAACGUGGCCGAGUACUUGGGGUGGGACGUCUCUGAGCUGAAACCGAUCCUCCAGGACAUGAUGGUGGAGAUAGACUACGACGCGGACGGCACCGUCUCCUUGUCGGAGUGGAAGAGGGGCGGCAUGACCACCAUCCCGCUCCUGGUCCUCCUCGGCUUGGACGCGAACGUGAAGGAGGACGGCAACCACGUCUUCAGACUGAAGCACUUCAGCAAGCCCGCCUACUGCAACCUGUGCCUCAACAUGCUGGUCGGCCUGGGCAAAAAGGGCCUGUGCUGCAUUUUUUGCAAGUACACGGCCCACGAGCGGUGCGUGCAGCGAGCGCCGGCGUCGUGCAUCGCGACCUACGUGAAGAGCAAGCGGACGGCGGGCGCGCCGCAGCACCACUGGGUAGAGGGCAACUGCAGGGGCAAGUGCGCCAAGUGCCGCAAGCCCGUCAAGUCCUACAACGGCAUCAGCGGCCUGCGCUGUCGCUGGUGUCAGACCACGCUUCACAACAAGUGCGCCUCGCACGUGAAGCCCGAGUGCACGCUGGGCGAGCACCAGGUGCACAUCCUGCCCCCGACGGCCAUCUGCCCGGUGGUCCUGGACCGCCAGCGGUCCUUCUCCCAGAGCCAGAGCAGACCGAGGUCCGAGACGCAGACGCCGGACUCCAACUGCUCGCGGCGCCGGCAGCAACAACUGUGCUACAUCGUGAGGGUCUGCUUGUUGGACGUGGCCGAACUCACGUUCCAGUUCAACCCGGGCGCGAGCGGCGGCGGCGCGCGCGAGCAGCAGCCCGCCAUGUCCUUCCAGAUCUCGCCGCCGCCCAACACGCGGCCGCUGCUCGUCUUCAUCAACCCCAAGAGCGGCGGGCGGCAGGGCGCGCGCCUGCUGCGCAAGUUCCAGUACCUGCUCAACCCCCGGCAGGUCUACAACCUGGCGACGGGCGGCCCCAUGCAGGGCCUCACCAUGUUCAAGGACGUGCCCAACUUCAACGUCAUCUGCUGCGGCGGCGAUGGCACCGUCGGCUGGGUGCUCGAGACCAUGGACCGCAUCCAGUUCGAGGAGCAGCCCGCGGUGGGCGUCAUCCCGCUGGGCACGGGCAACGACCUGGCGCGCUGCCUGCGCUGGGGCGGCGGCUACGAGGGCGAGUCCAUCCCCAAGCUGCUCAAGAAAAUCGCCAACGCCGUGCCGGUGAGCCUCGACCGGUGGCAGAUCUCGUUCUCGGACAUCGAAGGGGAGGGCGACCCCGUACCCUACAACAUCAUCAACAACUACUUCUCCGUCGGCGUGAUUUAUAGGGAGGAACGGGUAAAACUGUGA